AAUGCUAUGGUAUUAAAAAUAACUUCUUAAAAAGUUAUUUGAUAAAAACAAUUUACAAUAGUUAUUUUGUUUCAGUAAGUCUUUUAUAUCAGUAAGACCACCUAAACCAUAAUUGCAGCGGUGACAAAAAGCACAGUUAUGGAAACAUCAACUAAUUUUGAAAUAACGACAAGUCAGCCUUCAACAACGACAAGUCUGUCUUUUACGUGCGAAAACAACAUAGAUUCAUUUAUAGUUUAUAUUACAGCAGGAAUUUCAUACGCUCUGCUUCUUAUCAUGUUUCUAUGUACAAAAAGGAAAGUCAAAUGUUGUUGGUUUAAAAGACCUGGAUGUCUCGUAGCAUUAAACAUGUUGGAUAAUUAUGAAAAUCGUUUUGGAUAUACAUUAGCGUUUGGAUUAACUGUCACUAUGUGCGUUUCAAUUGUUUUAAAUGAUUAUACUUCUAUUAUUGGGCCAGAGUUUACUGCGACUAUAACAAACUUACCUCAGAACUUUAAAUGGCUAUCAGUUAUUUUCAAAGUGCUAUUUUCUGGAAUUGUAGCCAUCGUUGGAGCUCCUUUUUUUAUUUGUCAAACAAUGAAAAACCGUCUUAUAGGUUCUAUUAUUGGUUUCCUCUUUUGCUUUAUUUGGAUAUUUUUUGAAGUGAUAAAAACUAUGUAUUUGGUUAACAGCUGUUGGAUAGUUGAAGGAAAGAAUUUAAGCUUGAUCAAUUUAUCAAUGCAAUUUCCAAAAUAUGCUUGUUUGAUUUUACUCACCCUAAAGUUUGUGUAUUUGUUCAUAAAAACGCUCAUUAACAGAUAUAAAAGUUCUACAAAGGUUUCAUGGAUGUCAUUUGAUGAUACUAACUGGAAAGAAGAGUAUAUGUAUAAGCAUGUAACAACUUUAUUAAAAAAACAAGAUCACUUCAAGCCUCCUGAGUUUCAAAGUUCAUUAUCCAAGCAUGCAAUCAAGACAAAGCUGCAGUCUAAAAUUUACAAAUACACCCCAGAAUUUCAAUACUCUAUUCGAAUGCUGUCAUCAGGCUUUGUUUCAAUAUUAGUCAUUUACAUAAUCAUCAUUAAGAUUUUCAUACAGUACAAGAUUAUAAUUGGACAUGACGGUGUUGAAGGUAAAAUUAUUGCUAUCAGCAAUAUUAUCAUUGCAAUUGGUUGGGUGGAAAGUGUGCAGUUGAACCAGUACAUUACUGGUUUUAAAGUGAGUGUGUAUUUGGCGCUUUCUUUAACUAUAGUUACAUUUUUACUCGUUCUUUUUAAUUCAUUUAAAUGCUACCGAACUCACAUUUUAAAGUUACGUAAAGGAGAUUGGUCUUUUCUGCCCAGCUCUCUUCGUCGUAAACAAUUUAAUGCUAUUACUCCUACAUCACUCAUGGUUGCCAGUAUGAAGUUUGCUGGAUAUCAAGUUGCUUAUUCUUUAUGGGGUUGCUUUAUUAUCUUUGGCAUCUUUUUCAUUGUCAUGUUUGCAUUAAGCAUUGAAAUUAAUAAUAUAAUCUUUAAAAGGUUUUCAGUUAUUAUGAAAUAUUUACCUAUUAUAUGGCAAACAAUUCUUGUUGGUAUUGUUGUUAUGAUCAUUCAAAAACUUCUUGCAAGAUUUGUUUUUAUAAUAAACAAAAACGUUGUUGCUAUUAACAACAGGAGAGUUUAUCAUGGUGCUUCUUUUUUAUUUUUUUACUUCAAUAUUUUUAUUGGUCUUGUUACAUCUUUUAUUCGAAUUAUCUAUGGCAUGAUACUUGGAAUUAUUUUUUUUCAAAGAUUGCAACAUAGUUCUCUUCCGAGGUACUAUGAGAAGUUCGAUCCAGGUUACAUGGCUUACAUUGGUUACAUUUUAUUAGAGCAUUUUCAUGCAAAUCCUGUUGUUCAAUGUUUUAUUCGUUUGUUAACAGAUCAAUACCGUAACAAAUUUUCUAGAGAUGAGGAUGUCUAUUUGGAAAAUUCAGUAGCGGAGUUGGUUGAAAAAGGCUCUAUACCGGCGGAAAAGUUGCGUCGAUGUCGAAAUAUAAACAGGUGGCAUUUAUACGUUAUGCUUUCCCAAAAUGUUUCACUUCAGAAAUAUCGUUAUCAUAGGUUAAAGAAAACAACUCAGUUAUCAGUUUCUGGUAUGCUAUUCAACAUUCAAUCGUCAAAUUAUGUUAUACCCAUUAACAACGUAUCAUAGGAAUAUUUGUGUUAUAAACUUUAAUUAUGGAACGAUUGUUUUAAGAAACAAAGCACUGUUAAUAAUAAUAGACAUUGUUUAGAGAAUUAAUAUAGCUACUCCAGUUGAUAUUUUUUUGCAAAGCCUUUCACAUUCGAAAAAUGUAAAAGUCUAAUAUCAAAUUUUGCAUUUA